AAGGAUUGUGGGUUUGUCACCUCUAUUCUUGUAUGUGAGUGUUUCCUGGUUUGUGCUGCAGAGAAAAGCUCUCAGAGCUUCUGACGUGUAGUGGUUCACAAAGAGGAAGAGGAGCUUUUUACUGUCGGUCAAACUGCUGUUGGUCUCCUUUCAUCCAGCUGCAGAAUGGAGGGAACAUCUGUCCACAGGCUGCUGGCUCUGAUCUCUCUGCUGAGCUGCUCAACAAACCAAGCUGGUCUGACUGUGAGUCCCAGCAGAUCUCAGUUCUUUAAAGGAGACUCUGUGUCUCUGAGCUGUGAGGAGGACAACAUCUCUGCUGGAUGGACUGUGAGGAGAAACACAACCAGAGGAACCAGAACUCAGUGUGGAGAUGGAUGGGGGAAACCAGCUGGUUCUUCCUGUAACAUCAGCAGCCUCUACAAACAUGAAACUGGAGUGUACUGGUGUGAGUCCAGAGAGGGAGCAGCCAGCAGCAGCAUCCAGCUCACUGUCUCUGGUGGAUCAGUGAUCCUGCAGAGUCCUGUCCUCCCUGUGAUGGAGGGAGAUGACGUCACUCUGAGCUGUCAAACAAAGACUCCCUCCAACCUCCCAGCUGCUUUCAUUAAAGAUGGCUCCCUCAUCAGGACUGAACCUACAGGUCACAUGACCCUCCACCAUGUGACCAGCUCUGAUGAAGGUCUCUACAAGUGUAACAUCAGUGGUCAUGGAGAGUCUCCAUCCAGCUGGAUCUCUGUCUCAGAAAAAACUACAACUCCAGACCCGCCCCCUGCCACCGCCUCCAUCUUUAUCAGACUGGUCUGCCACCUGGUGGUGUUGGUUCCGUACAUCAUCUCCACUCUCCUCCUGGUGUCUUUGUAUCGCCAGAGGACCACAGGGAAGGUCCCGCCUGUGUGGAAGAUGACCUCAUCCUUCCACGCUGGGCAGGGAUUGGACGUUGACUAUGAUGAUGCCAUGACUACUGUGACCACAGAGGAUUACUUCUGAAAUAAACUGGUUU